GAUCGGAGGCUGAAGAGGAGAGAAAUGAAGAAAAACGCCAUGGUAUGUUUCCACUGUAGAGAACCUGGCCACGGUGUUGCUGACUGCCCUGCAGUACUGGAGAGUCAGGAUAUGGGCACAGGAAUCUGCUACCGCUGCGGGUCCACCGAGCACGACAUCGGCAAGUGCAGAGCAAAGGUGGAUCCGGCCGUUGGAGCAUUUCCAUAUGCAAAAUGUUUCAUCUGUGGUGAGAUGGGUCAUCUGUCAAGGUCGUGUCCAGAUAACCCCAAGGGACUGUAUGCCGAAGGUGGUGGCUGCAAACUUUGUGGCUCUGUGGAGCAUUUCAGAAAAGAUUGCCCAGAAAAACAGAACGCAGGUCAGGUCACGGUUGGGCGAUGGGCCGUGGGGAUGAGUGCAGAUUAUGAAGAAACUGCAGAAGCACCAAAGCUGCAAACGCCAAAAGCGAAAGCACCCAAAGUUGUUACCUUUUGA